AAUCUAAAUUAAUUGUUCCAUAUUCUAUAUACUUUUUAUUGAUAGUGUGACAAUUAUUUUUCCAACAAUGGCUGAUUCAGGUUCAGUUUCUACAAAGAGAAUGUGGUGUUCAAUUCCUGAAAAGUUUCAGCUGCAUGCAGCCAUGUUGGCUUUACAAUUUGGUUACGCUGGUUUUCAUGUUGUCUCAAGAGCUGCUCUUAAUAUGGGAAUUAGCAAAUAUGUUUUUCCUGUCUAUAGGAACAUUAUUGCUCUUCUUUUACUUCUUCCCUUUGCAUAUUUCUUCGAAAAGAAGAACAGACCACCGAUUAAUUUCAACUUUCUCUGCCAAUUCUUUUUUCUAGCACUUGUUGGGAUUACAGCAAACCAGGGUUUUUACUUGCUUGGUUUGGAGAACACAAGUCCAACCUUUGCAUCAGCAGUACAAAACUCUAUCCCUGCCAUAACAUUUCUCAUGGCAGUAAUUCUAAGGAUAGAACAAGUGAAACUUAACAGAAAAGAUGGAUUGGCAAAAGUAGCAGGAACAAUAUGCUGUGUAAUUGGUGCAACAAUAAUUACAUUAUACAAAGGUCCAGCAAUAUAUACUCCAAGUAAUCACUUAAAUAACACUUCAACAAUGAUAAAUGAAGUAACAACAACAACACCAAUGAUUGAUUUUUGGAAAAUGUCACUUGGUGAUGCUAAGGGAAAAAACUGGAUACUUGGUUGUGUUUAUCUUUUUGGACAUUGUUUAUCUUGGUCUGCUUGGCUUGUGUUUCAAACACCUAUCCUUAAGAAGUAUCCAGCUCGUCUUUCUGUCACUUCUUUUACAUGUUUCUUUGGUCUCUUGCAAUUUCUUGUUAUUGCUUUGGUUUGCGAAAGAAAUGCUCAAGCUUGGUUAUUUACCUCAAGAGGCGAAAUUUUCACUAUUUUAUAUGUCGGAGUGGUGGCAUCUGGAAUUGCAUUUGCAGUACAAAUUUGGUGUAUUGAUAAACAAGGUCCUGUAUUUGUUGCUGUGUAUCAACCUGUUCAAACUUUUGUUGUUGCUUUCAUGGCUUCUAUUACUUUAGGAGAAGAGUUCUACUUGGGAGGGAUCAUUGGAGCAAUAUUGAUAGUUGUUGGACUAUACUUUGUUUUGUGGGGUAAAAGUGAAGAGAAUAAAUUUGCAAAGGAACAACUUGCAAUUGGAUCAUCCACUACAGAACAUAGCAACAUUAGGUCCACAAGUGAUGCUAAAGAACCACCACUUAAUGAACCACUUCUCUCUUCAUCAUCGGAAAAUGUUGGAAUUAAGAUAUUAAAUUAAGCACUACUUUUUUUGUCAUGAAGUUUGUGUGUGAUGUGAUCCAAAGCUUUUUAUUUAGAAUGUGAGUUUUAAUGGAAAUAUUGUAAGAGUAUAAGUCAAUUAAAAUGGGGCCUUAGAGCUUUAGGAAACUAGCCUCAUAUAAAUUUAUAUAUGUUAGUUGAUAAAUUUAUGGUUUGAUUUAA